CCCCUCCCUCCCCUUUCCCCUCUCCCCCUCCUCCUCUGCCUCCUAGAGCGAGACACCAAUAUGGAGCCUGAAGACCUACCAUGGCCCGGCGAGCUCGAGGAGGAGGAGGAGACGGAAGAGGCGGAGGAGCGGGAGAACCUGGACUCUGACGAGGUGGUGAUGGUGGAGGAGGUGGAGGAAGAGGAGAGGCGGGAACUGGAUUCGCACUUUAACUACGAGAGCCAGCCUCGGGAGAGUACGGACGAAGAGGACGACGAAGAGGCCAAGGCCUGGCUGCAGGCGCACCCCGAACGUCCUUUGCGUCCGUCGUCGCUCUCGAGGCACCGCUACUCGGAGGACAAGCGGACCCGCCCGGAGAAGGUUUUUCCAUUGACCUGUCAUGUAUGGCAACAGCCACUAUAUCAAGGCAAUAGUGGGACACAGAUUUCUGAUACUACUGUGGUCUCUGUGGAAAAAACAGCUCGGUGGAGGUCUAAGGCUGAUCAGAGAACAGAAUCUUGGCAUUAUCUUCCUCAAGAAAUGGACUCUUCCCACACCUUGGAUAUAACCCAGACCAGGUUUAAUAUGCGAGAGGAAGGGACCGAAGUGACAGACUUCACCUCUGUGGAGGAAGGUAUAUUGACCCAACCAGAAAAUCAAGUAAAGGAAGCCAAGAGAGGUCUCUUAUGUUCGCCGCUGCUAGUCAUUCAAGACAACUUUGCUUCUCCUGAUUUGCCUUUGCUGACAUGUUUGACGCAAGAUCAAGAGUUUGGGUCUGAUUCCUUAUUUCAACAGAGUGAACUAGAUUUUGCACCUCUGAGGGGAAUUCCUGGUAAGUCUGAAGAUGCUGAAUGGUUUUCUCGACCGUCGGAAGUUAGUGAAGCUUUAUUCCAGGCAGCCUCAGAAGUAGCUUCAGAUUUAGUUAACAGUUGCAUUAGUGUAUCUCAGCACUCGCUUAUAGCUAGUACAGCUGUUGACUGUCAGCGCUCUUUUUUACCUUUUGAACAAGGGACUAAAGAAGAUACUAUUUCGUCUGAUACAGUUAAUGAACUGAAAAGUCCCAAAGACUUCCAUAGUUAUGAUGCUCUUUGUUCCUAUAUGGCAUGGAAGACACAAGAAGUUCAGGAGCCAGAAACCAGUUUAGCUGAGAAAGGUCAAGUUUCUGUUUCAACCUCAUCUUACACGAGUGAUGACUACAUGACUCCUGAAGGAAAUGACAGUUUUGACGCUUCUUGUUCGCAUAUGCAGUAUUGGAAACAGAAAGCUUUACAGCAGUCAGAAAAUUAUUUAACCAGUAGGGAUCAUGAUUCUUAUUCAGAUUCAUCUGACACAAUUGAUAAAAAUAAAAUUCCUAAGGGAAGAGACAAUUUUCGUGCCCCUUUUUCAUGUACGCCGUGGAGCAAACAGGAACCUUCACACCAUCCAGAAACAUAUGUGAUCAGUAAGGACUGUGUUUCUUUUCCACAUGAAGUUGCUCCUCAUUUUAAUAACAAAAUGCCACAUUCUUUCUUGCAUUGUCUGUUGGAAAGAAGAGGAAAGGGCAUUCCCUUGACAGCUCACAGUCAUUAUUUUGAGAGUGUUUAUUUAAGGGCUCCAGCUGAGAAUGAGGUGAAAGGAAUGAUGGAUUCUUUGGAGGGGUAUGAAAGAAAUGAAGAAGGUCUGGGGAAAGAAUUAUCUCAAGGUUUUGAACUAAAGGAGAAUAGAAGUACUUUAGUAUUUUCAGAGAUGCAUCCCAGAUCUUCAGAUAUACAGUUUAUUGAGAAUGUUGUAGUUCCUGAUAAUUCUGUAAAAGUUUCAGAAAUACAUAUACACUCUAGGCAACAUGGUACCUCUAAGAUGGAGGUUUCUGGUGGUCCUCUUCAGACUAUUAAGCCCAACUUGGAUGAGACAUCAGAACAACUGUAUUUACAAGAGGAAAGAAACCAAAGGGUAACUUCUGCUUUGGGUGGAAAAAGUAUUGAUGCUUCUGAAAAUGUAGCCUUUGAGGUAGUUAUUGCCUCUAUUGAGCCUUCCAAGAAAGAGAGUACAGUAAAUGAAAUCCAAACUGACAGCAGUAAGUCUUUAAUAAAUGACAACCAAGAAAGUGAACCAAAAAAUUCACAUCUUUCCCUAUUAAAUUAUAAUGAUGAAAACUCUUUCUUUGAUGAGUUUAGUCAUCCACGUUAUCAAUCUACUCCUAGGAUGUUUGAAUUAGCGGCUUCAAAACCAUUGUUGCAUAAAAAAGAUAAUGAUGAUAGCUCCCUGUAUUGGCAUCUUGAUUUAAAAUCACUCCCCAGUACUCCUCAGGAAAUGUUCAUUAAGCCACUUUCUCUUAUUCCAGAGCUUAAGUCAUCUGCUUCUUUAAGUGAAAAAUCUCACAGCCAGGCUGUUGGUCUUGGCAAAGCACAGUCAGCUUUAUUUCAGUGUGAUCUAGACAAUGAACCAUUUCUUCCUAUUGGGAAGAUAAAGUCUGUUCCUGAUCUUGACCUUGCAGAAAAGGUAGGAUCUUCAAACAUUUUUUAUCCAAUGAAAGUAUCGACUUCAGAUUCUUUGGUUUUACAAGAUUUAAGAAGAUUUGAAGAAGUUGCAGAUUCCUCAAACUAUAUUUUGGUUAAGAAUGUAAACUCUAGUAACAUCAUUGGAGGUCCAUCUGCAACUGUAGGAAGCAGCUUUUCAGCAAACUUGGGGACAUGUGAUGCUAAGUCACAAGGUGCUUUACCAAUGACCAGUAAUGCAUCAUUAAUUGCAGUUGGCCAAGAGUCAUUGCUGAAAGCUGAUGUAGGCCAAGGUAAAAUUCCUCGGCCUAUGGGAGCCAAAUCCUGUUUUACUGUACAUACAAUUAUGCAAAAUGACUCCUAUUUUGUAGAGGGCCUGCAGGGGAAGGCUGAAUCUGACACCUCUACUCUGGAUGAUGAUACUGAAUGCUGGAACCUAGAUGAAAAUGCUAUUGUGUGCAGUACAAGAGUUGCUGAUCUACAAAGAGAGGUACAUGAACAAGGUGACUUGGCUGCUGAGUGCAUUGAGCUAGCAGGUUUUAAAAAUGUGCUUGAUGAUCUAGAGGUUUGUGACAGCUCCCUGCACAGGCAGUCUGCCUUAGAACUGCCAUCUAAGGAAGAGAGUGAUUUUGAAGAGCCUGUAGGUUGUUCUAAUAUGGACAUUAAUCAGACUUUUUCAUCCGUAUUGCCUCCAUUUAUUCCUCAUGAGCCAACCAUAGAGUUGGAGUAUCACUCUUCAGAUCUCAGGAUGUUGAGGGUAUCUCCUGACACUGUGCAGAAGACUCUGAAACAUAUAGCAGGAGGUACUUCUAAAGGAGGCAUAGCUGAAGUUAUUCAGUCCAGCUUGAAACCAGGCAUCACUGCUACUCCUGGAGAUUCAGAUACUGGAUCUCAUUUAUUCUUAUGUCCUCAGUUGGCUUCAAGGUCUCCUCAAGAGAAUACUGUUGGUCAACAUACUGAUACCCACAACCAAUGGGCAUCGGUAGAUAGUGAUAUAAGUGAAGAGACUCUAAAAGUUUCACCUGUUAGUGAACUAGCUGACCAGAAGACUGGGAUAUCAACAGUACCCUCUAGUUUCUACUCACAAAGAGGGAAGCCCAAUAUUUUCUACCCACAGGCCUUGCCAGAUGGUCAUCUAACUGAAGAGGCUCUAAAAGUUUCACCUGUUCCUGGUCCUACUGUCCAGAAGAGUGGCAUACCUACAGUCCUUCCAAGUUCCUGCUCCUGUGGAGAGAAGCAUAAUAUCUUCUGCCAACAGACCCUGCCAGACAGUCAUCUAACUGAAGAGGCUCUAAAAGUUUCAGCUGUUCCUGGUUCUGCUGACCAGAAGACUAGCAUACCUACAGUCCUUCCAAGUUCCUACUCAUGUGGAGAGACGCGUGUUAUUUUCCACCCUCAGGCCUUACCACACAGUCAUCUAACUGAAGAGGCUCUAAAAGUUUCAGCUGUUCCUGGUCCUCCUGUCCAGAAGAGCGGCAUACCUACAGUCCUUCCAAGUUCCUGCUCCUGUGGAGAGAAGCAUAAUAUCUUCUACCAACAGACCCUGCCAGGCAGUCAUCUAACUGAAGAGGCUCUAAAAGUUUCAGCUGUUCCUGGUUCUGCUGACCAGAGGACUAGCAUAUCUACAGUCCUUCCAAGUUCCUACUCAUGUGGAGAGAAGCAUAGUAUCUUCUACCCACAGGCCUUGCCAGACAGUCAUCUAACUGAAGAGACUCUGAAAAUUUCAGCUGUUCCUGUAGCUACUGACCAGAGGACUGAGAAAACAAUAGUACCUUCUACUUCCUAUUCACAAAGAGAGAAGCACAUUAUUUUCUCCCAGCAGCAUUUGUCAGAUGGUCAUCUAACUAAACAGGUUCUGAAAGUUUCAUUUGUUCCUGAACCAGCUGAUCAGAACACUGGGAUACCUACAUUAUCUUCACAUUCCUACUCACUUGGAGAAAAGCCCAGUAUCUUUUACCAACAGGUCUUGCCAGAUAGACAUUUAAUUGAACAGACUCAGAAAGUUGCAGCUCUUCCUGGACCAGCUGAUCAGAAGACUAGGAUACCUGCAGUAUCCUCUACUUCUUACUCACAUAGAGAGAGGCCCCAUAUUUUCUAUCAACAAACAUUUCCAGAAAGUUGUCUAACUGAACAGGCUCGGAAAUGUUCUGCACCUGAAUCCACUGAGCAGAAGACUGGGAUACCAACGGUGACCUCUACUUCCUCCUCACAUAGAGAGAAGUCCAGUAUUUUCUGCCAAGAGGAGUUGCUAGAUAGUCAUCUAACUGAACAGGCUCAGAAAGUUCCAGCUGUUCCUGGACCAGCUGACCAGGAUACUGGGAUACCAAUAGUGCCCUCUAGGCCCUACUCUCUUAGAGAGAAGCCCAAUAUUUUCUAUCAGCAGGUCUCACCAGAUAGUCAUCUAUCUGAAGAGACUCUGAAAGUUUCAGUUGCUUCUGGACCAGCUGAAAAAAAGAGUGGGUUACUAUCAGAAGCUUCUAAUUUCUACUCACAUAGAGAGAAGCACAAUAUUUUCUACCAACAGGAGUUGCCAGACAGUUCUCUAAUUGAACAGGCUCAGAAAGUUUCACCUGUUCCUGAACCUACUGACCAGAAUACCAAAAUAUCAACAGUAACUUCUACUUCUUACCCAGAUAUAGAAAAGCCCUUUAUUUCCUACCCACAGGGCUUGCCAGAGAGACAUCUACCUGAAGAAGCUCUAAAAGUUACAGCUGUUUCUGAACCAGCUGACCAGAAGAUUGGAAUACCAGUAGUUCCCUCUACUUCCUCCUCACAUAGAGAGAAACCCAUUAUUUUCUCCCCUCAGGACUUGACAGACACUCAUCUCACUGAAGAGGCUCUGAAAGCUUCAGCCACAUCUGGAUCAGCUGACUGGAAGACUGGAAUAUCAACAGUAUCCUCUCCUUCCUACUCACCUAGAGAGAAGCCCAUUAUUUUUUCCCCUCAGGCCUUGCCAGGCAGUCAUUUACUUGAAGAGGCUCUGAAAGUUUCAGCUGACCAGAAGACUGGGUUGCCAUCAGAUCCUUCUAGUUCCUACUCACAUAGAGAGAAGCCCAUUACUUUCUACCCAGAGGGUUUGACAGACAGCCAGGUACCUCAGGAGGCUCUGAAAGUUCCAGCUGUUUCUGGACCAACUGACCAGAAGACUGAGUUGCCACCAGAACCUUCUAGUUCCUACUCAUCUAGAGAGAAGCCCAUUAUUUUUCCCCCUCAGGCCUUGCCAGGCAGUCAUUUACUUGGAGAGGCUCUGAAAGUUUCAGCUGUUCCUGAAUCAGCUGACCAGAAGACUGGGUUGCCAUCAGAACCUUCUAGUUCCUACUCACAUAGAGAGAAACUCAUUAUUUUCAACCCAGAGUGUUUGACAGACGGCCAGGUACCUCAGGAGGCUCUGAAAGGUUCAACUGUUUCUGGACCAACUGACCAGAAGGCUGAGUUGUCACCAGAACCUUCUAGUUCCUACUCACCUAGAGAGAAGCCCAUUAUUUUUCCCCCUCAGGCCUUGCCAGGCAGUCAUUUACUUGAAGAAGCUCUGAAAAUUCCAGCUAUUCCUGGAUCAGCUGACCAGAAGACUGGGUUGCCAUCAGAACCUUCUAGUUCCUACUCACAUAGAGAGAAGCCCAUUAUAUUCUACCCAGAGGGUUUGACAGAUGGCCAGGUACCUCAGGAGGCUCUGAAAGUUUCAGCUGUUCCUGGACCAACUGACCAGAAGAGUGGGUUGCCAUCAGAACCUUCUAGUUCCUACUCAUAUAGGGAGAAGCCCAUUAUUUUCUACCCAGAGGGCUUGAUAAACAGCCAGGUACCUCAGGAGGCUCUGAAAGUUUCAGCUAUUCCUGGACCAACUGACCAGAAGACUAGGUUGCCAUCAGAACCUUCCAGUUCCUACUCAUAUAGGGAGAAACCCAUUAUUUUCUACCCUCAGGGCUUGACAGACAGUCACGUAUCUCAGGAGGCUCUGAAAGUUUCAGCGAUUCCUGGACCAGCUGACCAGAAGACUGGGUUGCCAUCAGAACCUUCUAGUUCCUACUCACAUAGAGAGAAGCCCCUUACUUUCUACCCACAGGGCUUGACAGAUGGCCAGGUGCCUCAGGAGGCUCUGAAAGUUUCAGCUGUUCCUGGACCAGCUGAACAGAAGACUGGGUUGCCAUCAGAACCUUCCAGUUCCCACUCAUAUAGAGAGAAGCCCAUUAUUUUCUACUCACAGGGCUUGACAGACAGUCGGGUGCCUCAGGAGGCUCUGAAAGUUUCAGCUAUUCCUGGACCAGCUGACCAGAAGACUGGAUUGCCAUCAGAACCUUCCAGUUCCUACUCAUAUAGGGAGAAGCCCCUUAUUUUCUACCCUCAGGGCUUGACAGACAGUCAGGUAUCUCAGGAGGCUCUGAAAGUUGCAGCUGUUCCUGGACCAGCUGCCCAGAAGACUGGAUGGCCAUCAGAACCUUCCAGUUCUUACUCAUACAGAGAGAAGCCCAUUAUUUUCCACUCACAGGGCUUGACAGACAGUCGGGUGCCUCAGGAGGCUCUGAAAGUUUCAGCUAUUCCUGGACCAAUUGACCAGAAGAUUGGGUUGCCAUCAGAACCUUCUAGUUCCUACUCACACAGAGAGAAGUCUAACAUUUUUUACCAACAGGAGUUAUCAGACAGUCAUCUAACUGAAGAGACUCUGAAAGUUUCAGCUGUUUCUGCAACAGGUGAUCAGAAGACUGGGAUACCUUCAAGUUCUUACUCACUUGGAGGGAAGCCCAUUAUUUUCUGUCAGCAGGCCUUAUCGGAUAGGCAUCUCACUGAAGAGGCUCUGAAUGUUUCAGCUUCUCCUGAACCAGCUGACCAGGAGCCUGGGAUACCAACAGUACCUUCUGUUUCUUACUCUCAUAGAGAGAAGCCCAGUAUUUUGUACCAACAGCCCUUGUCAGACAAUCAGCUGCCUGUAGAAGCUCUGAAAAUUUCACCUGUUUCUGGGCCAGGUGAUGAGAAGACCAGAAAACCAACAAUUACCUCGGGUUCUUACUCAAAUAGAGAGAAGCCCAUCAUUUAUCAGCAAGAGUUGCCAGAUCUUACUCAAGCAGCUUUAAGUGUUUUCAGGGUUCCUGGACUAGGUGACCAGAAGACUGGAAUACCAGUAGUAACCUCUACUCCUUACUCACAUAGAGAGAAGCCCAUUAUUUCUUACCAGCAGGAGUUGCCAGAUCCUAAUGAAGGUGCUUUAAAAGUUUUAGGGGCUCCUGGGUCAGCUGACCAGAAGACUGGGAUACGAUUUGGGUCUUUUGCUUCCUAUUCACAUAGAGAGAGCCCCAUCUUUUCUUGUCAGAGGGAGUUGCCAGAUAUUACUGAAGAAACUCUCAAAGUUUCAGCUGUUUCUGGGCCAGGUGACCAGAAGACUGGGAUACAUAUAAUUCCCUCUAGUUCCUACUCAUACAGAGAGAAGGACAGUAUUUUUUACCAGCAGGAGUUGCCAGAUGGUUCUGAAGAAGCUUUAAAAAUUUUUGCUCUUCCUGGACCUGCUGAUCAGAAGACUGAGAUACCAACAGGAUCUUCUAGCUCUUACUCACAUAAAGAGAAACUCAAGAUUUCACCUGUGAUUUUACCAGAUGACCAGAAGACUGAGUUACUAACAACUCCCCUUAGUUCCUACUCACAAAGAGAAAAGCCCAAAAUUUCAACUGUGAUUGGACCAGAUAACCAGACGACUCCGUUACUGACAGUUCUUCAUAAUUCCUAUUCUCAGAGAGUGAAGCCCUUUCAACAGGAGCUGCCAGAUAGACAUCAUAGUGAGGAUAUUUUGAAAAUUUCACCUGUCUCUGAACCAACUGAUGUGAACUCUGGGAUACCGAUACCUCUUUCUAGUUCCUAUUCCCACAGAGAGAAAUCGAAUAUUUUCUACCCACAGGAAUUGCCAGACAAACAUCUAGCUGAAGAUGCACUGAAGGUUUCAACAAUUCCUGUACCAGCUGACCAGAAAAGUCUGUUACCAACAGUUCCUCCUAAUUCCUUUUCACACAGAGAGAAACCAAAUAUAUUCUAUCAACAGAAUUUUCCAGAUAGACGUAUAACACAAGAUGCUCUGAUGUUCUCAAGGGGUGUUGGGCAAGUUGAUCAGAUUACUGGGUUAUCAACAGUUACUCCUGGUACUUAUUCACAUGAGAAGCAGAAACUUGUUUCAGACCAUGUUCAAAUGCUAAUAGAUAAUUUGGAUUCUUCUAACUCCAGUGUUAUCUCAAACAGUGUACCUUUAAGUUCUCAGGCUGAUGGUAGAGUUGUAAUAAGUAAGCCAGAAUCUUCAGGUUUUGAAGAUGUUGGGUCUGAGGAAAAUCAAGAUACAAGCAGUGGUUCCAAAACUCUUAGAGAGAUUCGGACUCUUUUAAUGGAGGCAGAAAAUAUAGCACUGAAACGAUGCAAUUUUCCUGCUCCCCUGGUCCCUUUCAGAGAUGUUAGUGAUAUUUCAUUUAUACAAUCUAAGAAGAUGGUUUGCUUCAAAGAACCCCUCACAGCUGAUGAAUCUAAUGGUGAUUUGCCUCAAAGACAGCCAUUUACAGAGGAAAGCCCAAGCAACAAGUGCAUACAGAAGGAUAUUAGCACACAGACAAAUCUGAAAUGCCAGAGAGGCAUUGAGAAUUGGGAGUUUAUUAGUUCAACUACAGUUAGAAGUCCUCUACAGGAAGCAGAAAGCAAAGCCAGAGUGACAGUAGACGAAACCCUUCGGCAAUAUAGAGCAGACAAAUCUGUAAUGAGAUCUGAACCUGAAGGGUAUAGUGGAACCACUGGGAAUAAAAUUGUUAUACCUAUGAUGACUAUCAUUAAAAGUGAUUCAAGUAGUGAUGCCAGUUCCUGCUCAUGGGACAGUAAUUCAUUGGAGUCAGUUUCUGAUGUUCUUCUAAACCUCAUUCCAUAUGCUUCACCCAAGACAAGCUUGACAGAUAGUAGAGAAGAAGAAGCUGUGUUGGAGAGUGAUGAUGCUGGUGGUAGCAGUGUAGAUUCACUGGCUGCACAUGUCAGAAACCUUCUGAAAUGUGAAUCCUCAUUGAAUCAUGCUAAACAAAUUCUCAGAAAUGCAGAGGAAGAGGAAUGUCGAGUACGAGCACGAGCCUGGAAUCUGAAAUUUAAUCUGGCUCAUGAAUGUGGCUACUCCAUUUCAGAAUUAAAUGAAGAUGACAGGAGAAAAGUAGAAGAGAUCAAAGCAAAGUUGUUUGGUCAUGAGAGAACAACUGACUUGUCCAAGGGUUUACAGAGUCCACGGGGAAUAGGAUACAAGCCAGAAGCUGUAUGUAGUCACAUUAUUAUUGAGAGCCAUGAAAAAGGAUGUUUCAGGACCCUAACUGCUGAACAACCACAAUUGGAUAGUCACCCUUGUGUUUUCAGAUCUGCUGACCCCUCAGAAAUGAUCAGAGGACAACGGAGUCCAUCAUCAUGGAGAACCAGACACAUCAACCUUUCCAAAUCACUAGACCAAAGUAACCCCCAUUUCAAAGUUUGGAAUUCCUUGCAGUUACGAAGUCAUUCCCCAUUUCAAAACUUUACAACUGAUGACUUCAGAAUUAGCCAAGAUCUUCGAAUGCCAUUCCAUGAAAAGAUAGACCCUUGGCUGUCACAAUUAGUAGAACCUGCUUAUCUGCCAAAUGAAGAAAUGGAUUGUCAUUCUUCAUCACAAAUGCUGCCCCCAGAACCCAUGAAAAAGUAUACUACUUCCAUCACUUUUUCAUCUCACCGACAUUCUAAAUGCUUUUCAGAUUCCUCUGUUCUUAAGGUUGGUGUUACUGAAGGUAGCCAGUGUACUGGAGCAUCUGUGGGGGUAUUUAAUUCUCAUUUCACUGAAGAGCAAAAUCCUCCCAGAGAUCUAGAACAGAGAACCUCUUCCCCUUCAUCAUUUAAAAUUGUUAGUCAUUCACCAGAUAAAGCUGUGACUAUUUUAGCAGAAAGUAGUAGGCAAAGCCAAAAAUUAUCUGUUGAACAUUCUCAGCAAGAAGAAAAACUCUUAGAAAGAUCAGAUUUUAAAGGCAGUGAUUCUGAGCCCAGUACCAGUGCAAAGUGUAGCAAUGCCAAGGAAGUUCAUUUUUCUGAUAACCAUACCUUCAUUAACAUGAGCAGACCAAGUUCCACACUAGGAGUAAAAGAGAAGAAUAUAACUAUAACUCCAGAUCUUGCUUCGCACAUUAUUCUUAAACAACGAGAGCUCUUUGAACCAAGCAAAGCCUCACAUGCAGAUCACCAUGUGAGAAAAUACCAUUCUUCCCCUCCUCAACAUCAGGAUUACGUAGCUCCAAACCUUCCUUGUCGCAUUUUUCUUGAAAAACGAGAACUCUUUGAACAAAGCAAAGCCCCACAUUUAGAUCAUCAGAUGAGAGAAAACCACUCUCCCUUUCCUCAAGGUCAGGAUUAUAUAGCUUCAGACCUUCCUUCUUCCAUUUUUCUUGAACAACGUCAGCUCUUUGAACAAAGCAAAGCCCCAGAUGUAGAUCACAUGGGAAAAUACCAUUCCCCUCUUCCUCCAGGUCAGGAUUAUGUAGUAGAAAAGAAUAACCAACAUAAGUUUAAAUCAUACAUUUCCAAUAUGAUAAAUGUUGAAGCCAAGUUCGAUAACGUGGUCUCCCAAUCAGCCCCAAAGCAGUGUACAUUAGUAACAUCUGCAUCUACUCCACCCUCAAAUAGAAAAGCACUUUCUUGUGUUCGUAUAACUCUUUAUCCCAAGACUCCUUCCAAGUUGGAUAGUGGAACCUUAGAUGAAAGAUUUCACUCAUUGGAUCCUGCUUCUAAAACAAGGAUGAAUAGUGAGUUUAACUCUGACCUACAAACUAUAUCUUCAAGAUCAUUGGAACCAACCUCCCAGUUAUUGACCGGUAAACCUGUAGCACAGAAUCAAGAAUCUUUAGGUUUUCUAGGACCUAAAUCUUCACCGGACUUCCAAGUUGUACAGUCUCCUCUUCCAGAUAGUAAUACUAUUUCUCAGGACUUGAAAACCAUACUUUUUCAGAAUAGCCAGAUAGUAACCUCAAGGCAAACACAAGUGAACAUUUCAGAUUUGGAAGGCUAUUCCAGUCCAGAAGGGACUCCGGUAUCUGCAGAUCGACCAUCAGAGGUGAUUAAGACCCCAUUUUCUGCCUUCCCUGGAAAAUUGUCAUCUGAUGCAGUCACUCAGAUAACAACAGAAAGUCCAGGAAAAACCAUGUUUUCAUCUGAGAUUUUUAUUAAUGCGGAUGAUCAUGGACUUGAAAUUCCAGAGCCCAGUGCCCAGAAGCUGGGCAAAGUUCCUACCAGAUUUGCUUCAUCAUCUUCAGUCCAACAGAUUACUCGUCCUCAUGGCACAGAUGCCCAACCUUCACUGUUGCCAUAUAAGCCUCCUGGUAUUACGAGGAUGUACUAUGUUCCACAAUUAAAACAAAUUCCUUCAUCUCUGGAUUCCAGAUCAGAUACCACCAUUGAGAGCUCACACUCAGGAUCCAAUGAUGCCAUUGCUCCAGACUUCCCAGCGGAGGUGCUAGGCACGAGGGAUGAUGACCUACCAGUCACUGAUAACAUUAAACAUAAAGAGGGGAUCUACAGUAAGAGGGCGGUGGCUAAGCCAACCUUGCCAAUGGGGGGGAAACCCCCUCAGAAAGAUAAUGCAGAUGCCCAAGUUCAAGUUUCCAUCAUUGGGGAUGAGGACGUCUCAGAUAAAAACCAGAAAAAGGAGAUCUACAAUAAAAAGGCAGUGACUAACGCUGCCCAACCUGAAGAAAAAGAAUCCUUGCAGAAAACCACUGAAGGUUCCAGUGGUCCUGCUGCUGCAGAGCACUCAGCUCGACUACAAGACCUAAAGACGGAAAGUCUACCAGACACUAAAGCCAUUAAACAGAAAGAGGAGAUCCACAGCAAGAGGACAGUUCCUAAGGAAGCUUGGACAAAAGAAAAAGAAUCCUUGCAGAUAGAUAUUGCAGAGUCCAAAUGUCAUUCAGAAUUUGAAAAUACUACCCAUUCUGUCUUCAGGUCGGCCAAGUUUUACUUUCAUCAUCCAGUGCACCUACCAAGUGAUCAAGAUUUUUGCCAUGAAUCCUUAGGGAGGAGUGUUUUCAUGAGACAUUCUUGGAAAGAUGUCUUUCAGCAUCAUCCAGACAAACAAAGAGAACACACUCGUCUUCCUUCCCCUCAUCAAAACAUGGAAAAGACAAAGGCAGAUUAUACCAGAAUAGAGAGCCUCAGUAUCAAUGUAAACUUGGAAAACGAAGUGAUGCAUACUGCUAAAAGUCGGGCUAGAGAUUAUCCAAAAAGUGACAAACAAAUUAAUGAUCAAAAAAAGGAUCAUAAUGUCACCCCACAGCCAACAGCUCAGCACACUGUGAGUUUGAAUGAACUCUGGAACAAGUAUCAGGAACGAAAGAGGCAACAGAAACCUCCUGAGUUCAGUGACAGGAAAGAACUAUCCUUGGUGGAGCGACUUGAUCGUUUGGCUAAACUUCUUCAGAAUCCCAUCACAUACUCUCUCCGGACCUCUGAAAGCACACAGGAUGACAGCAAAGGGGAACGAGAUGUUAAGGAAUGGAGUGGUAGACAGCAACAGCAGAAAAACAAGCUUCAGAAAAAGAAGCGGUAUAAGAGCCUAGAGAAAUUCCAUAAAACUGCAGGAGAGCUUAAAAAAAGCAAGGUGGUUUCUACUCAUCAAGCUGGGAAACCCAAUCAGAUUAAAAUUGAACAGAUUAAAUUUGAUAAGUAUAUCCUGAGAAAACAGCCAAGUUUUCAUUAUAAAAACAAUACUUCUUCAGAUUCUAGACCCUCAGAGGAGAGUGAGCUGCUCACAGACACCCCCACCAACAUCGUUUCCACCACCACUUCUCCUGUGGAAUCAGAUAUAUUGACCCAAACAGAUAGAGAGGUGGCUUUGCAUGAGAGGAGCAGCUCUAUUUCUACCAUUGACACAGCCCGACUGAUCCAAGCUUUUGGCCAGGAAAGAGUUUGUCUGUCACCCAGGCGAAUUAAAUUAUACAGCAGCCUCACCGACCAUCAGAGAAGAUACUUUGAGAGGCGGAACAAGAAGAACAAGAAAGCAUUGAAUACGGGUCAUCCCCAAAUGACUUCUGAGCACACCAGAAGGAAACACAUCCAGGUGGCAAACAAUGUGAUUUCUUCUGAUUCUGUUUCAUCUUCUACCAGUAGUUUCUGUAGCUCAAGCUCUACCGUUGGCAACAAGCAAAAUGUACAAAUGUUAAACAAGAGCGUACAAGCAGGUAAUUUGGAGAUUGUGAACGGUGUCAGAAAACACACUCGAGAUGUUGGAAUGACUUUCCCAACUCCAAGUUCUAGCGAGACUAGAAUAGAAGAGGACAGUGAUGUGACUUCUUGGUCAGAAGAAAAAAUAGAAGAGAAAAGACUUCUCGCCAGCUAUCUUGGGGACAAAAAGUUAAGGAAGAACAGACACAGUUGCUGUGAAGGGGUUUCAUGGUUUGUUCCCGUGGAAAAUGUGAAGUCUGGUCCUAAGGAAAACCUGCCCAAGCAUCAUGGCCCUGGUAUCUGCUGGUUUGCACCAAUAACCAACACCAAACCGUGGAGGGAACCGCUGCGGGAACAGAACCGGCAGGGACAGCACGUGGACAACCACGGGUCACUAGCAAGCCCAGGGAGAGACCCACUGAAGCCGUUUGUGAGAGCAACCCUACAGGAAUCCCUUCAGUUUCACAGACCUGACUUCAUCUCCCGCUCUGGGGAGCGAAUAAAGCGUCUGAAGCUAAUAGUCCAGGAGAGGAAGCUGCAGAACAUGUUGCAGAGUGAGCGGGAGGCCCUGUUCGACACCGCGGGGGAGCGGCAGGGCUGCCGGGACGCCACGCGCCCGCUCCUGAAGAGAGGCUUCCUGGAUGCCCGAAAGAACAGGCCUGUUGGGAAGAAGGAAAUGAUUCAGAGGUCUAAACGGAUUUAUGAGCAGCUUCCAGAAGUUCAGAGAAAGAGAGACGAGGAGAAGAGGAGACUGGAAUAUAAGUCAUACCGGCUACGAGCUCAGCUAUUCAAGAAGAAAGUGACCAAUCAGCUCUUGGGGAGAAAAGUUCCCUGGAACUGAUAUAAGAUUAUUUUCCUCACAGUCUUGGAAUUAUAUUUUAUCAACCUGAAGAAGCACAAUCCUUUUAUGAGUCUGAUUUAAUAAAACUUAACUCCUCGUCUAUGUUUAAUUUAGAAGUAGUAAGUAAGUAGUCUGAGGCAGAGUGGUGAUUAGGAUUAUUAAUGGUUUGGGAGCAAUACUUUCUCCACAGCGGCCUUGCCCACAGGAAUGUUUGUCACAAUGAUAUCAUUUCUGAAGUCUAGCCACGAGUGAGUCCCUUUUUUGUAUGUGUUUUUAUACUUUUAGAAAAUAAAUAACUUCUGAUUGA